AGUCCACCUCAGCGAUCUCUUAUUUUUCUCAAGGAGUUUGAGCCGCUUCUGCUCCCGCUCCCCAUGCGUAAGUUCCGCCUCUCUUGCCCGGUGGGUCAAUUUGGGUAUACAGACCUUAUUGGUUGGAUUGAGCACGUCAUCGGCAGGGUUAGUGAACUCUAUUUCUCUGUGAGGAGCGAUGGGCAGACUUAUGAAUUGUAUUUUCGCAAUUUGCAUAGCACUUCGCUCGUGUCGCUCGUUUUGGACGGUAAUAUUAUGAUUGUUGUGGAUUUUGUUCCCACUCCCAGUGAAAGUAUUUUCCCAUCCCUCAAGAACCUAGAGCUGAAUGUCAUUUUCAACUAUGUGGACCUCGAUUUGCUUCUAUCUGGUUGCCCAGCUCUUGAAACUCUUAGGAUCACUUUAACUGAUUUCCGUCUUGAAGCAUUCCACAUGCCUCGUUCCUUGAAGAGUUUAACCUUUGAGGAACAAUAUUCAGAUUCCGAAGAUGUGACACUUGAGCUUCUUGAGGUAAACACUCCAUCUCUUGAAUACCUACGUCUCAGCUUACGAGGUUGUUACGCACAGAUUUUGGUUUGUGAUUAUCCCAACAUAAAAAAAGCAUCUCUAGAUAUUUCUCGUAAAUCUGGGAAUAUUGCUUGGGUUCCUAAGCUCCUCCGGGCACUUUGCAAAACAAAAUUCUUGUGGCUGCAAGUUUCAACAAUCGAGUGUUUGAUUUGUGCGCCAGUACUAGUCCUUCCCGACUUUUGCAAUUUGAUUCAGCUGCAACUCGAUUUUCAUAGUUUCCAGAGUAGUCUUCUAAUAGACUUGCUUCACAGUUGUCCUAAGCUUCAAGCUCUAAAAAUUUAUAUAUCUCAGUGCAUGAAUUCUAUUUUGAGCGGAUCUUACCUAAAAUCACACAAUGGUUGGACACAGCCACUUAGCAUUCCUCACUGCAUUGUAUCGCAUUUGAACACUGUUGAACAUCGAGGAUAUCUAAACACUCCAGAGGAGCAUGAAUUUACCGCUUAUAUUUUACAAAGAGGACUUGUUUUAAAGACAAUGAGAAUUCAUACUAAAUAUAAUCUUGACUCAAAAUGUGAAAUUUACGAGGCAUUAUCUCAAAUACAAAAGGGCUCUAGCAUGUGCCGACUUGAAGUAAAAACUAACUGAUCAGCAUUCACCUGUGUAUCUUCCGAUUCAUCCAAAUUGAAACUUUGAGUGUCGUCUCCCUCUCCCUCCACUUUGUAAGUUCCAUUGCUUUGACGCAAAACCCUAACUGAAUAUGUGAGAGAGAAAUGGCUUCCAGAAGCGGAAUCAAGCGUGUUCCGAUAAAAGAUGUUCUUUCAUUACUCAGCCAGAGAGUGUCUGUUGUGGCGGUUAUCCUCGAAUACUCCUUCCCUAAGACUACGAGAGGCACUGAUUACUGCUGUGUCUUAAGAAUAGUUGAUCAAUCACAUCAUGAAACCGGCAUGGCUGUUAAUCUUUUUGCUCUGACUGCUGAUAAGCUUCCCCAUGUUGCUGAAGCCGGAGAUGUGAUUCACCUUUGUAAUGUUUUGGUAAGAUCGUUUGAUGGGGAAUAUAAUCUCGUUUACAGUAAAGCAUUUUCCUCUUUUGCCUUAUAUCAAGGGAAAGAUAGUAAUGAUCUUGUUCCUUAUCAAGUUUCUUCUAAGUAUCAGCGUACAAAUGAGGACAGAAUAUGCAUACACGAACUUAGAAAAUGGCGGGUCGACUUUCAGCCGAAUGAUGGUACUUUGGUGAUGCAUCCUGUAUUACUCAGCAGACAUGAAUUUCGUUUGUUUAAAGAAAUCAAGGAAGGGGAUCACGUGAAUUUGGCAUGCAAGAUACUUCAUUUCGGUGAGGUUGCCAAAGAUGAAUGGUUUAUCUAUGUCUGGGACGGUACUGAUGCCCCACCAAACACCAUACGUUCAAAGUGAGAAAAUGAAAU